CGCAUCCCUCACAUCCACCGGCGCUUCUUUCCAGGCGGAGUGGUGCGGCAGCCGGCUGUGCCGCGGAGGAACACCAGACCAUAAAAGGCGGCAGUGCGGCUUCUUAGUUUUGCCGGCUUUAUCGCAACAAUCAAGAGCAGUGCACGAGACCGGCAUCCCUGCGAAAUGCACUGCCUCGCCGUCGAAUUUCCUUUAACCAUUUAGUUUUAAUCUUAACAAAUUUGGCAGGUUCAUUAACUUAAUGUUGCAACGAGUAACUUCUGUUAUACCCUGACUUGAAAUUAUACGCGCCUUAGUUCCCUCAGCCGAGGCUGUCACUUUCUCCAUCACUCUCACACCUGAAAGGAGCGGACUGACUGCGCAACCAUGGGGUAUGGGCGAUCGGACAGCUACCGCGUGGCCACCACGCAAGACAAAGAUGAAAAAGGUUCUCCAAAGAAGAAGAAGGGGGGAAAGGAUCUCGAUGAUCUGAAAAAAGAAGUUCCCCUGACAGAACACAAGAUGUCAGUCGAGGAAGUAUGCCGGAAAUUCCAGACAGACAUUGUUCAGGGUUUAACCAAUGCAAAGGCCAGAGACUUUCUGGCACGCGAUGGGCCAAAUGCUCUGACCCCACCACCAACAACACCCGAGUGGGUUAAAUUCUGUCGUCAGCUGUUCGGAGGCUUCUCCAUCUUGCUUUGGAUUGGAGCCAUUCUCUGCUUCCUGGCCUAUGCCAUUCAAGCUGCUACUGAAGAUGAUCCAGCUGGAGAUAAUUUGUACCUGGGAAUCGUCCUGUCUGCUGUGGUCAUCAUUACCGGCUGCUUUUCCUACUUCCAGGAGGCAAAGAGCUCCAAAAUUAUGGAGUCCUUCAAAAACAUGGUGCCCCAGCAAGCAUUAGUGAUCCGUGAAGGGGAAAAGAUGCAGAUCAAUGCUGAGGAAGUGGUUGCAGGCGACCUGGUGGAGGUCAAAGGUGGAGACCGAAUCCCUGCUGACCUCAGAAUCAUCUCUUCUCAUGGAUGCAAGGUGGAUAACUCCUCCCUGACUGGCGAAUCAGAACCUCAGACAAGAUCACCUGACUGCACUCAUGACAAUCCUCUGGAAACCCGUAACAUCGCUUUCUUCUCCACCAACUGCGUGGAAGGCACUGCUCGCGGUAUUGUGGUCUGCACUGGCGACCGCACAGUGAUGGGCCGCAUCGCCACACUGACCUCAGGACUGGAGACGGGGAAAACACCCAUCGCCAAGGAGAUCGAGCACUUUAUUCACAUCAUCACAGGCGUAGCCGUCUUCCUGGGAGUGACCUUCUUCAUUCUGGCCGUCAUUUUGGGAUACAGCUGGCUGGAGGCUGUCAUUUUCCUUAUUGGGAUCAUCGUCGCUAAUGUGCCUGAGGGUCUGCUGGCUACUGUCACUGUGUGUCUCACUCUGACUGCCAAGCGAAUGGCUCGCAAGAACUGCCUGGUUAAGAAUUUGGAAGCUGUAGAGACGCUAGGAUCCACCUCAACAAUCUGCUCAGACAAGACUGGAACUCUGACCCAGAAUCGAAUGACUGUGGCACACAUGUGGUUUGACAAUCAGAUCCAUGAAGCCGACACCACUGAAGAUCAGUCAGGUGCGUCGUUUGAUAAGAGCUCUGUGACUUGGGUGGCUCUGGCCCGUGUGGCAGCUCUGUGUAACAGAGCUGUGUUUAAGGCGGGACAAGAUUCUCUGCCCAUCCUCAAGAGGGACGUAGCUGGUGACGCAUCUGAGUCUGCCUUGCUCAAGUGUAUCGAGCUGUCCUGUGGCUCGGUCAAAGUAAUGAGAGAAAAGAACAAAAAAGUAGCCGAAAUCCCAUUCAACUCCACAAACAAAUAUCAGUUGUCCAUCCAUGAGACAGAGGACAACAAUGAUAACCGCUAUCUAUUGGUGAUGAAGGGGGCUCCAGAGCGCAUCUUAGACCGUUGUUCCACCAUCAUGUUGCAGGGCAAAGAGCAGCCCAUGGACGAGGAGUUGAAGGAGGCAUUUCAGAAUGCCUACCUGGAGCUUGGAGGACUUGGAGAGCGAGUACUGGGAUUCUGCCAUGUCUUAAUGCCUGAGGAUCAGUACCCGAAAGGUUUCGCCUUCGACACAGAUGAUGUCAAUUUUCAGACAGACAACCUUUGCUUUGUGGGCCUGAUGUCGAUGAUUGACCCUCCCCGUGCUGCCGUGCCUGAUGCAGUGGGAAAGUGCCGUUCUGCUGGAAUCAAAGUCAUCAUGGUGACAGGAGAUCACCCCAUCACUGCCAAGGCCAUCGCCAAGGGUGUGGGCAUCAUCUCAGAGGGUAACGAGACUGUGGAAGACAUCGCUGCCCGUCUCAACAUCCCCGUCAGUCAGGUCAAUCCCAGGGAUGCCAAAGCUUGUGUUAUACACGGAACAGAUCUGAAAGACUAUUCUCAGGAGCAAAUAGAUGAAGUUCUGCGAAACCACACUGAGAUUGUGUUUGCCAGGACGUCUCCUCAGCAAAAACUCAUCAUUGUAGAAGGCUGCCAGCGACAGGGGGCCAUCGUGGCUGUAACAGGUGAUGGUGUGAAUGACUCUCCAGCCCUGAAGAAGGCUGAUAUCGGCGUCGCUAUGGGUAUUGCAGGCUCUGAUGUGUCUAAACAGGCCGCUGACAUGAUUUUGCUGGAUGACAACUUUGCCUCCAUUGUCACUGGAGUAGAAGAAGGUCGACUCAUCUUUGAUAAUUUGAAGAAGUCCAUUGCGUACACUCUGACCAGCAAUAUCCCUGAGAUCACCCCCUUCCUGCUGUUUAUUAUUGUCAAUAUCCCCCUGCCCCUCGGCACCAUCACCAUCCUUUGUAUCGACCUGGGAACCGACAUGGUUCCUGCAAUUUCUUUAGCUUAUGAAGCAGCUGAGAGUGACAUCAUGAAGAGGCAGCCCAGGAACCCUAUGAGAGACAAACUUGUGAAUGAACGUCUCAUCAGCAUUGCUUAUGGACAAAUUGGUAUGAUCCAGGCUUUGGGUGGUUUCUUUGCCUACUUUGUGAUUUUGGCUGAGAAUGGAUUCUUGCCCUCAGUGCUUGUGGGUAUCAGGCUGAACUGGGACGAUCGCUCGCUUAAUGACCUGGAGGACAGUUAUGGACAGCAGUGGACAUAUGAGCAGAGGAAGAUUGUUGAGUUCACCUGCCACACGGCUUUCUUCGUCAGUAUUGUGGUUGUGCAGUGGGCUGAUGUCAUCAUCUGCAAGACCAGACGCAACUCAGUGUUCCAGCAGGGCAUGAAGAAUAAGAUUCUGAUCUUCGGGCUGUUUGAAGAAACCGCUCUCGCUGCAUUCCUCUCCUACUGCCCAGGCAUGGAUGUGGCACUCAGGAUGUACCCGCUCAAGCCAAGCUGGUGGUUCUGUGCUUUCCCAUACAGUUUCUUAAUCUUUGUUUAUGAUGAGGUCCGAAAGCUGCUCCUUCGCCGGAACCCUGGUGGAUGGGUGGAAAAGGAGACCUACUAUUGAUCAGCAGCUCUUCCUUGCUCACAUUCCCAACAUCCUCCAUUUGGUUCCAUCUCUUCUCUCCCCAAACCGAGACGCACAACCGUCCCCCCUUCCAGCCCUCCUUUCAGAGAGACAGCAGCUUUAACCCCCAAAAAGGAAAAACACACUCUCGCCCCACCAUUUCCUAUAAUACUCUUUGCAUGUAUUUUCACACGGCUGUGUACAUAAAGUCUACUAUAUAUCUAAAUCCGGCAGCUGCAUAACCAUCAUGUAGGUUGGAAAGGAGCUUUUGUCGCUAUAAAGGGAAAAUAUGUACGCUUGCCUAUUUAAAAAACAGACUGUCCCUCCAUCAGUCCAUGCCUUUCCCUCCAAUCACACACACACAGAUCACACAACACCUCUACACACACUCUAGACUCCGUUUGACAUAAUAGUCCCUCAUUUUUAUGCUUAUUGUUAUUUAUUUAGCUCUUUAAUCUCUGGUAGGUUUUGGUGGCUUUGAAUUGUUUCUAUUUUUUGGAUUUUCUACUUCAGUUUGAUUGUCAUUGUCGUCCUCUCGCACUUUCUCGUUCACUUUUUUGGGUUUGUGUGUUUGUUUGAUCACUACAGUAACGCAAAAUGAUUCAGUAGAGUUCCAGUUUCUGUGUUUUAGGGAAAACGUAAGCAAUACUACAUUGAUUAAUCAAGUAAAGACAUAUCUUGGAAGGUAAAAAAGCAGUGGAAGACAGUUUAAAGCAGUGUUUCUCAACCAUGUUCCUGGAGGCCUGCAAAUUUUCCAUGUCACCUUAACCAAACACACCUGAUUCAGAUCAUCAGCUCAUUAGCAGAGACUGAAAGACCUCUAAUGGAUGUGACAGACAAAGGAGACAACCAAAACAUGCAGUGUUGGUGGUCCUCAAGGAACGUGGUUGAGAAACACUGAUUUAAAGGAUUUUCUCGUAUGAAUUUGUUCAGCUGAAAUGUCCAGAAGGCUAGUUCAGACAUCUCUUGUAUAAAAUCUACUGCCGAUAUGAACCUAAAGACACCAGGUUUUAUCAUUUUCCCUCUUUAUUCCAGCUGUUUUUAAUACAUGUUGAUGGUAUUGAUUCAACUUUUAUCCGCCAUAUUAAUCUUUUGUUCUGAUGUAAGACACAAACUUUGUCGUCUAAAUCAUUUUGAACCUGGUGUGUGCAGGUUUCACUGCUGGUUUAUCAGGAGAUGUGAUGGCUGUGUGUGCGUGUGUGUGUGUGUGUGUGUGAGGGAUGGUGCGCUGUUCCAGUCGGCGGAUUAUGUGUGGAUGUGGAGAUUAAAGACAGAAAGACAAAACUACUGGUAGAAACAUGUAUAUGAAUGGUCAAACCCAAUAAAACAUCUAGUACAUUUAAUAUUA